GGUAAAGCCACCCUUGCAAUGCAAUGCAGGAAACCCACCAUCGUUCCACCUUUUUUAAUGUCAUCUCUGCUUUAAUUGCUAGCUUUUUGCAAGAGCUCCUCCAGUACCAGUGAGUAGCACCUUUAUUAAUGGCUAGGAAAAUGCAAGGAAGCAGUAAUUAAUUAGGACUGAAAAGAAAAAAAAAAUUGACUCUUGUUUAAUUUAGCAUCCUCCUAUCCUUCUCUGUUAAGGAAAAUGCUCUCGCUCUUUAUUCACUACAAACCCUCAUAAAAAACCGUGUUAUGUUUAAGUUAUUAGCACUCAAACUUUUGGAACUAAACUGUGGUAUGCUUGAUUCCAUCGGGAGACAGAGAUGGCCGCCGCAGAUUGGGGACCGGUUGUUGUUUCAUUGGUCAUAUUCAUAUUUUUAUCACCGGGGCUCCUGUUUCAACUACCGGCAAGGGCAAGGGUGGUGGAGUUCGGGAACAUGUGCACAAGCGGAAUCUCCAUCUUGGUACACGCCAUUAUUUACUUUUGUGUACUUACUAUCUUGAUUGUUGCCAUUGGCGUGCACAUAAACGCCCAUCGAUGAGAUUUAGAUGAUCUUUAUUAUCGCACACACUUUGUAGCCCUUUUGUUUCACAAAGCAAGCAAAGUUCACUUGGAAUAGCUUGUGUUUCGUAGAAUUUCAGGUGUAGUACGUCUUGUUUACGUCUUUCCUUCCUUUUGGUUUUCUCCCACGCACCCUUCUUUAUCUUCAAUGUUUUUUUUUUUUCUUUUUUUGUUAUUUUGACUUUUAAUUAGUGCUUAAUAGCAUAUGAUAUUUCACUCUCA